UCAACUAAUCUGAAUUUAACCGCACCGCAAACAGUACGAAAAGCUAACAUAACCUGUGUAAAAUUUCGGUUAAAAAUCGUUAUUUAUUGUAACAACAGAUUCCGCCAUGGUGAAAAGGAAGCAACAGAAGCAAGUCAGUAAAAAUGUGGAUGCUGAUGCAGCAGAGAUGAAGAAAAACAAAGCUGAGGAUUCCAGUGAUGAGAAUCAGCUUGAGAAAUUUCCAGGAGUUGAUGCUGCUUUGAAACUGAGUGAGCCAGAGGAAGAGAACUCUGACUCCAAACAGGAUGAUACUCCAGCAGAAGAUGAGGCAGACUCAGAAGAGAGUGCUGUAGAAAAACCAAAGAAGCAACCCAAGCAGAAGAAGGGAAAAGCUAAUCAAAUUAAAGAAGACAAGUUGGAGGAAAAAGACUCUGAAGAGGAAGAGGAAACUGCAGCAGCCGAUUCUCCCAAUUCCGUAGAAGAUGAAGAGGAGAAACCUACAAAUCAGGGACGCUCAACCAGGAAGAGGAAGGUGAAUUAUUCAGAACUCAAUGAUGAGGAUACUAAGGAGAAGAAGACAAGAAAGAAGCCUGAUGCUGAAGACAAACCCAAACAAAAGAGGGGCAGAAAGAAGAAGGAAGAUGUAGAAGCUACUAAGGAAGAAGUUGAGCCUAAAACGAAGGGCAGGAAGAAGAAGGUUACCAAGGAAGUUGAGGAAGAUGUUGCUGAGGAAAAUCCAGAACCCAAAGCCAAGGGUAGAAAAAAGAAGGUUACCAAUGAUGAAGAAGAGGUACCUAAACCGAAAGGAAGAAAGAAGAAGGUGGUGAAGGAAGUCGAGAAGGAUGAGGAAGUAGAUGAUCUGGAAGAACCUGAGGAUGAGCCAGAAUCUAAAGAACAGGAGGCAGACUUAGCUGAGGACAAUGAAGAAUCUGAAGAAGAGGUUAAACCUGCCAAGAAGUCUGGUAAAGCUGGCCCAAAGAAGGCGGGUAAAAACAAAAAGACUGAAGAUGAGGAAGAAAAGGUUCAGAAGAAAGGCAAGAAGACUGAAAUUGAUCCUGAGAAGGAAAAUCUAGAAGUUGAGAAUGUCAAGUCAAAGAAGGGAAAAGCUGCUGAGGAACUGACUGAAGAUGCUUUGGAGACUAAGAAAACUGCUGUCCAGGGGGAAGAAAAGAAAAAGUCUAGAAAGAAGAAUAAGGCUGAUUUGUAGAUGUAAUUCGUUUGUUUAUAUUUA